AUGGCGGACGCUCGGGAGCAUGACCUGCCGCAAUUCCCGAGCGAAUUGCGCUACUUCUUGAACUACCGCCUCCAAGAGCUAGAGGAUGGAGUGGGCCAGGUGCUAACAAGUGGGGAAUUGGCUUUGCUAGUCGCAGCUACCCGCCGAGCCCAAGCAGUAACGGAGGCUGCACCGGCUCCCGCUACCAAGGUGGAAGCCUCUUACGAAGACGACCAGCUGCUAAGUGACGAGCAGUCGCGCAUGCUAUUCCUGCAUUUCAGGGAUGAUGCGCUGGAGGCGGAGGUGGCUGACUAUGACGGAUAUGGCUGCUAUGGAGGAGCGCGACCGACUGGAGAAUGCUAG